UGUUGAAGCGUCGAAUUGAACAUUCUUAUAUUGGAAAUCGACUAGACAUGUCGCGUCGUUGAUUCAGUUGAACAUCUUGUCGACCAUAAAAAUUCUCUAUUUCAUCAUCGAGUUGUUGUAUCAAUCAAUUCAUAUCAGUUCGAUUUUUUUGUGUGUGAUUGAGAUCGAGGGUCUUCGGUUCGGAAUUUUCUAAGUGAUUUUUUUUCCUCGGCAAAUAGCAAAUAUCUCAAGAAAAAUGUUGACUUUUCUGCUCUUAAGUGCAGUGCUCGGUGGUUUAUUUGUGCUAUAUGUUUACAUUCGGUUUCAGCAGUCUUAUCAGCUGUGGUCGAGACAAGGAGUGCCAACGAUUCCACCGUCGUUUCCAUCAGGGCAUCUCGACUCUCGUAUGGCGUACAUGAAUUUUGGCUUAAUGGCAAUUGAUUUGUAUAAAAAGCUCAAGUCAAAAGGUGACUACGUUGGCUUAUACUUUCUGAAUAAGCCCGUUCUGUUUGUACUAACGCCCGAAUUUGCGAAAACCGUGCUAGUUCGUGAUUUCCAGUAUUUUGUGAAUCGUGGUGUGUAUUUUAACAAAGACGACGAUCCAUUGUCGGCUAAUUUGUUUUUCAUUGAGAACAGUGAUUGGCGUCGUUUGCGCAUUAAGAUGACGCCAACCUUUAGCAGUGGCAAAAUCAAAAACAUGUUCUUCACCAUUUACGAUGUGGCCGAUGAAAUGGUAAAGCAUUUACAAAUGAAAUGGAACAGUAACAACAGCAGCAACAGUGGUGGUUCAAAGAGUGAAUUCAUUGUUGAAAUCACCGAUUUGCUGGCGCGCUAUAACACCGACGUCAUAGUGUCAUGUGCAUUCGGUACACAAUGCGACAGUUUAUCGAAUCCAAAAUCCGAAUUUCGUGCGGUGGGUAAAAAAAUGUUGACAUUCACACGGAUCCGUUUGCUAAAACUCUAUGCAGCAAUGCUGUUUCGGCGUCAGGCACGAGCGCUCGGUUUUCGUUUGCUCCACAACGACGUAUCAAAAUUCAUAAUCGCAAUGUGCAAAAAAACCAUCGAAGAGCGCAAAGAAAAACAAAUCGAACGUCGCGAUUUUAUGCAGCUGAUGAUUGAUUUAUAUCGAGAAGAGGAAGACGGUGUAAGUGGUGACGGCGACGGGCUAUCACUUAAGGAUAUUGCAGCGCAAGUGUUUUUAUUCUUUUUUGCUGGCUUUGAAACCUCAUCGACAGCCAUGACUUAUGCUCUUUAUGAGCUCGCAUUAAACAGGGUGAUACAGGAUAAAGUACGCGCCGAAUUGAAUGACGUUCUUAGUCGGCACGAUGGUAAAAUCACCUACGACAGCUUAAUGGAGUGCACCUAUUUGGACCAAGUGAUUUACGAAACGAUGCGAAUGCAUCCAGCUGUUGGUACACUUCAUCGAAUCAUUAGCAAGGAUUAUACACUUCCCAAUGGUGCCGUCGCACCAAAGGGUACUUAUGUGAUUGUUCCGGCUGUUGCGUUCCACAAUGAUGCUGAAUUGUUUCCAGAUCCGAAUUGCUUUGAUCCGAACCGCUUUAGCGAUGCAAAUAAAUCGAAACGGCACUCGUUCAGUUUUUUGCCAUUCGGAGAGGGGCCGCGCAUUUGUAUCGGCGUUCGCUUUGGCAUGCUGCAGACGAAACUCGGAUUGGCCAUGUUGCUGAAACAUUUUCAAUUUGAAACUUGUGCUAAAACGAAAAUUCCAAUUAAAAUUGAUAAUGUUUCGUUACUAUUAUUGCCGUCGGGUGGUGUUUGGCUGAAAGCGAGCAAAGUGUAACACAUUCUACUGACUUUUAGCCACUCUUCGCCCUUCUCUCUCUUUGCUCGGUAUAAAUCACAUCGCACCAUUAUAUCACGCGUUCGCGUUUUUAUUUCUAGUUCGUAAUUUUUUUUGUUUCUCUGUUACAGUGGAGGAGGCGAACAAAAAAAACCACACUCCCAAACAUGAAACCAUUUCACUUUGUACUCAAGUUUUCGCUUUUCAAUUAAAAGUGAGUU